AUGGCCGACACGGACGGAAGCGCCGGCGACGGCGCGGACGGAGUGAAGGACGGCAACGGACGCCCCGGCGGCCCUGAGAAAGUCACGAUUCAGUUCACCGCGGUGGGUGGAGCGCCGAUCAUGAAGCGCAGCAAGUUUACUGUGAACGGCGGCGACCCCCUCAGUCAUGUGUAUAUCUUUCUCCGCAAACAACUUCGCCUCAAGGACGACGAUGCACUGUUUGUCUACUGCAACAACUCGUUCGCUCCCACACCCGACCAGCGCAUGCACGAGCUCUACGAGUGCUUUCACAUCAACGGUGUGCUCGUGCUCAACUACAGUCGGUCGCAAGCUUGGGGGUAA